GUUCACCAUUAGUUCCCUUCCCAGUAUCCCCAGUUCAACCAUUACCCAACUGGGAGGCCAUUUGCGCCGCCGUUUCGCGAUGCUGCACAAUGGUUUCGCCCUCAUUAACAUCCAUUAGGUUUCCCAAAGAACGAGAUCCGAACCCGGGUCCCACUGCGUAAACAGUGCCCCUGAAUCCUGGCAUCCACCUCCAUUUCCUUAUUUGCCUCCGGGAUUAAAAGCCUCGUCGGGUUUCGUUAACGGUGGAAUGCGCUCUUGCACAAUCUCAAGCGCCGUUGUCUGAAUGGCGAAUUGCGCAGCCCUUGUUUCUUUGGAAGGGUCGGGAUGUGGCUUGUGCAACUGCAUCCGGUCGAGUGACUUGCGCCAGCUCAGAAGUGCGUGAUGCGCAUCGCAAGGACCUGGUGCGCAUUAUGAUAGUGCGUUAGAAAUGGUGCCCAGUGUUUCUCACACGAGCAUCACAAGAGCGCAAUGUGUCUCACAUUAGUGUCAAUUGUGCCUCACAAGCGCUCAGUGUCCCUCACAAGUUCACCAUGCGCCGCACAUGAAUGCCAAGCGUACCUCACAAGAGCCCAAUGUAACUCACACGACCUCAAUUAUGGCUCAUGGAAGUGUACUAUGUGCCUCACAAGACCCCAGUGUGCCUCACAAUUUAUCAAAGCGCCUCAAACAAGAGCCUCAUGUGCCUCACAAGAGCCCAAUGUGCCUCAAACAAGCGUCUGAUGUGACCCAUGUGCCUCACAACACUGCAAUGUGCCUCACAAGUGCCAUAUUUAACUCAGAUGAGUGCCUUAUUUGCCUCACAAGAGACCGAUGUGCCUUACAGUAGUGCCUCAUAUGAGUACCUUAUGUGCCUCACAAGUGCCCAGUGUGCCUCACAUAAGUUCCCAGUGAACCUCACAAGUGCAUCAUGAGCCUCACAAGAGCCCUAUAUGCCUCACACAGGUGUCUGAUACACCUCACAGGUGCGCAAUGUGCCUCAGGUGUCAAUUUUGCCUCACAAGUGCCUCAGAAGACCCCAAAGUGCCACAAUAUGAGUACCUUAUGCGCCUCACAAGUGCACAGUGUGCCUCACAAGUGGGCAAUUUCCCUCAUACAAGUGCCUUAUACGCCUCACAGGUGCCUUAUACACCUCAGAAAAGCCUCGUGCAGGUGUCCGACACGUCUCACCAUUGCGCCGUGCAAUCCUCCAUACGCGAAGAGGACUUAAGACAGGGAAAUAGGUAUUUUUCUUGGCAUUCGGAUAAGGAACGAAAAAGGAGAGAGAGGCGCCACGCCUUCGUUUGCGCCGAAUACCUCCCCGGCGGUGCAGAGAUAAAUCCGUUUGCGCCGUUUGCACGGUUAGCGAUUAAACCAGCCUCCGUGGGAAAAGGACCACGACGGACAGUUUAUCAUUAACCGGGAGGACUAUAAAAAGGGAAGGGAAAGCCCAAGACCGACGAGGAACAGUGAGGGACGGAAAGGAAGAUGGCGACAGCGGCGGCGACAGUGGUGUCCACCAUGGCAACGGUCAGGCCCACGGACGACGGCUCCCGCGUCGCAGUCGACAACGCGGCCGACAUCGCGGUCAUCGUCGUCUACUUCCUGGUGGUCCUCGCCGUUGGGAUGUGGGCCAUGUACUCCACGAACCGCGGGACCGUCGGCGGAUUCUUCCUCGCCGGACGCAGCAUGGUCUGGUGGCCGAUCGGGGCCUCCUUGUUCGCCAGCAACAUCGGGAGCGGUCACUUUGUGGGUCUGGCCGGGACCGGAGCGGCCGGAGGGAUCGCCAUCGGGGGAUUCGAGUGGAAUGCACUGGUGAUGGUGGUGGUCCUAGGAUGGUUGUUCGUCCCCAUUUACGUCAAGGCGGGGGUCGUGACGAUGCCGGAAUAUUUGCGGAAACGCUUCGGCGGGAAGCGGAUACAAAUCUACCUCUCCGUCCUUUCGCUCUUGCUCUACAUCUUCACGAAAAUUUCGGUGCGUCGUGUCCAUUCGCGGGAAAUAAAUUAUGAAACCAAUUAUAUUAUUAAC